GGAAAAGGUAAAACAGCAGAGGAAGCAGGCAAUCAAACAAAACUCUGAAACAAUAAUUUGCUAUUGCCUGUCAUUGAGUAGUCAGUUUUUUGAUGGGUCUCACCAAUAGUGGUGUGCUAUUGCCUGUCAUUCAGUGGUCCAGUUUUUUGAUGGGUCUCACCAAUAGUGGUGUUCGAUCUUUAUAAAGAAACCGCUGAUAUGGGGUGGUGAAUGAGUAGAACAAAAUAUGAGUCUAGACUGUGAUCUCACUGUUCUAGAAGAGCUAACAUCAAAUGCGAAGCAAAUACAAGACGAUGUUUUGACCAAGAUACUCAAAGCUAACGCGAACACAGAGUACCUCCAACGUUUUCUCCAGGGGAGUGCGGAUAAAGAGCUGUUCAAAAAGAACGUACCGGUGGUGAGCUAUGAAGAUGUUAAGCCUUAUAUCGAUCGUGUCGCAAAUGGAGAACCCUCUGAUGUCAUUUCGGGGGAACCCAUCACUGCGUUUUUAGUAAGCUCUGGAACUUCAAGUGGGAAUCAAAAGAUAUUUCCUGCGAACAACAUCUUCUUUAAGAAUAUUCAAAUCUUCUAUACGCUAGGCUCUCUCGUUAUGUCCAAGUGUUUCGAUGGUUAUAAGCAAGGAAAGGUGAUUAGGUUUACCUUCACUCAUCCGAUAUCCACAACUCCUGGUGGUUUGCCUCUUGCUCCUACGGUAACAAGCUUCACAAAGAGUGAAUAUUUUAGGAGCCUGCCAAAAAAUAGUCCAAGCCCCUACCAGAUCAUAAUGUGUACGGACGCCAAACAGAGUAUGUACUGUCAACUUCUCUGUGGUCUUGUCCAGAGAGAUGAGGUUGCAAGUGUUGGUGCUGUGUUCGCUGCUGUUUUGGUUCAAGUUAUCCAUUUUCUUGAAAAUUACUGGAAAGAGUUGGCCAGUAACAUCAGAUUUGGUCAUGUCAGCGAGUGGAUCACCGACCUUAGUUGUCGAGACUCUGUCUCUACCGUCCUUGUUGAGCCAAAUCCAGAACUGGCAGAUCUAAUCGAAAAUGUGUGCGGAAAAAAAUCCUGGCAAGGUAUAGUUUCACUACUUUGGCCUAAAGCCAAAUGCAUUGAAGCUAUUUUUACAGGAAGUAUGGCUCAAUACAUCCCAACAUUGGAGUUCUACACUAAUAAUGAACUUUCUCUAGUUUCCCUAAGGUAUGCUUCGUCUGAAGCAUUUUUCGGGUUAAAUUUGGAACCUCUAAGCAAAAAUGUGUCCUACACAUUUCUACCCAACAUGUCAUACUUCGAGUUCUUAGAUGUCGAUGGAGGAGCCGAGGGGGAGAUUGUUGAUCUGGUGAAUGUGAAGUUAGGUCGCUACUAUGAGAUCUUGGUCACAAACUUUUCCGGUUUACACAGAUGUAGAGUGGGGGAUGUUUUAGAGGUCACUGGUUUUUACAAUAUGGCACCUCAGUUAAGAUUUGUACGUAGAAAAAAUGCGGCUUUAAGCGUUCACCUAGAGUCAACGACUGAAGAAGAGCUUUUAAAGGCGUUGGCUCGUGCGACACUAGUUCUUGAAUCUUCGGAUUUAGUAUUGAUGGGUUUCACAUGCUAUGGCGAUAUCUCCACUGUACCGGGUCACUAUGUUUUUUACUUGGAGCUCAAAUCAAAAGUCGACAACAAUAUCACUAAUGUUCUAUCACUUGUUAACAAGGUACUAGUGGAAUGUUGUUGUGUCAUUGAGGAAUCAUUGAAUCGUAUUUAUAGGCACUUCAGGAGCAAAGAGGGUUCGAUUGGAGCUCUAGAGAUAAGAGUGGUGCAAGAGGGAACGUUUGGUUCUCUCAUGGACUUUUUUGUCUCCCGAGGUUGUUCUAUAACUCAAUACAAGACACCUAUAUGCUUAAACUCUGCUGAGGCUUUAAAGGUUCUUGGAGACAAGGUUCUUGCUCGCUUCUUUAACGACAAAUCCCCUACUAUCUGAUCCAGAUCAUGUGAUGAUGACCACCACCAAAAAAAAACUACAUCACCCUAAUAAUGAAGCAAUAAAUUUGUCUGGUGAGAGUGGUAUGCGUGUGCUUGUUGUUUAUGUCUUGUGUGCUUUUUCUCUUUUGUCGUCAUGUUUACUGUUGUGGGUGUUUCAGUUAAAUGUGAUUGAUGCAUUCUUAUGUUUUAAAAAAAAAAAAAACUGUGAUGAAAACCAUAACUAGAGAGCAUUGAUCAAUGAAAAUGUCUUGGGAUAAA